CUUUUCUCUCUCUUUCGUCUCUUCCCUCCCCUCUCCCCCUUUCCCGCUCCACUCUGCUCCUCUCCCCCUCCGCCUUUUGUUUUCGCAGAUAGUCGGCACACAAAGCUGGUCCCAGAUUUGAGCGACGGCGAGACACCCUGAUGUGUGAGCCUGGGGCGCGCCAUGGAUCUGACUAAGAUGGGGCUGAUCCAGCUGCAGAACCCCUGCCACCCCACCGGGCUGCUGCACAAAGCCAACCAGAUGCGCCUGGCGGGGACGCUGUGCGACGUGGUCAUCAUGGUGGACAGCCAGGAGUUCCAUGCGCACCGGACCGUGCUGGCCUGCACCAGCAAGAUGUUUGAGAUCCUCUUCCACCGCAACAGCCAGCACUACACCCUGGACUUCCUCUCGCCAAAGACAUUCCAGCAGAUCCUGGAGUACGCGUACACCGCCACCCUACAAGCCAAGGUCGAGGACCUGGAUGACCUGCUCUAUGCUGCUGAGAUCCUGGAAAUAGAGUACCUGGAGGAGCAGUGCCUGAAGAUCCUGGAGACUAUACAGGCUUCUGAGGACAAUGACACCGAGGUCGCCAUGGCUGAUGGAGGUGCCGCCACCACCACUGAGGAGGAGGAGGAGAGGAAGUCAAGGUACAUCAAGGGCCUCUUCAUCUCCAAGCCCACUGGUGAGGAGGGUGGCUAUGCUGGCAUGGCCAGCCAGAGUCUGCCAGCAGCCACAGUGGAGCAGAGCCCCUCUGCCUCCGCAUCCUACUGCUCCCUCUCUUCCAUGAGCCCCACCAAGGCGGCGGUGGACAGCUUGAUGACCAUCGGGCAGUCACUGCUGCAGGGUGCCCUGCCACCCAGUGUCCCCGAGGACUCACGCUCUGCCACCACCCGCCGCCCGUCCAGCCUCGCUGAAGUCAAAACUGAAGCUAUGCAGGUGGAUGAGGCCUCCAGUCAUGACAGUCCCCGGACAGCCGAGCCCGGUGCCUCCAGUGGGGAGAAGCCUGACGAGAAGGGCAAGGAAGGACCUGGCACCCCGACCCGCAGCAGUGUCAUCACCAGUGCCCGUGAACUGCACUACACCCGUGAGGAGGGUGCAGAGCCACCCCCUGAUCCCGGCCAGGGGCUGCCGCUGGGGCCGGAGCCGUCCGCCGCUGCCCCGGGAGAGAAGCCCUUGGGCAUCUACUCAUUGCUGCCGAACCACAAGACUGAGCCGGUGCUCGGCGUGCCGCCCACGGUGGCAUCUGCCCUGCACGUGCAGCCGGCCCUGGCUGUCUCCAUGGACUUCAGCGCCUAUGGCGGGCUGCUGCCCCAGGGCUUCAUCCAGCGGGAGCUGUUCAGCAAGCUGGGGGAGCUGGCAGCCGGCAUGAAGACAGAGAGCAGAGCCCUGGGUGAGCAGUGCAGCGUGUGUGGGGCAGAGCUACCGGACAACGAGACCCUCGAGCAGCACAGGAAGCUGCACAGUGGGAUGAAGACAUACGGAUGUGAGCUGUGCGGGAAGCGGUUCCUGGACAGCUUGCGGCUGCGAAUGCACUUACUGGCUCACUCAGCGGGUGCCAAAGCCCUGGUCUGCGAUCAGUGCGGUGCCCAGUUCUCGAAGGAAGAUGCCCUGGAGACGCACCGGCAGACACACACCGGUACAGACAUGGCCGUUUUCUGCCUGCUGUGCGGCAAGCGGUUUCAGACGCAGAGCGCCCUGCAGCAGCACAUGGAGGUGCACGCCGGGGUGCGCAGCUACAUCUGCAGCGAGUGCAACCGCACCUUCCCCAGCCACACCGCACUCAAGAGACACCUGCGCUCCCACACAGGCGACCACCCCUACGAGUGUGAGUUCUGCGGCAGCUGCUUCCGGGACGAGAGCACACUGAAGGGCCACAAGCGCAUCCACACCGGUGAGAAACCCUAUGAGUGCAACGGCUGUGGGAAGAAGUUCAGCCUCAAGCACCAGCUGGAGACCCACUACCGAGUCCACACAGGCGAGAAGCCCUUCGAGUGCAAGCUGUGCCACCAGCGCUCCCGGGACUACUCGGCCAUGAUCAAACACCUUCGGACCCACAAUGGCGCUUCCCCCUACCAGUGCACCAUCUGCCUGGAGUACUGCCCCAGCCUCUCCGCCAUGCAGAAGCACAUGAAGGGCCACAAACCAGAGGAGAUCCCCACCGACUGGCGGAUAGAGAAGACCUAUCUCUACCUCUGCUACGUCUAAGGGAGGAGGCAGAGGGGCAGCAGGGCCAAGUGGCAGAUGACUGGGCAAAAAAAUCCCACCAAACCCGCAGCAUCCAUGGCCUUGUUUGUUUUCAGUUCUCAUUCGUUUCUUCUCGCCGGAAGGAUCCUGCAGCUCAUGCCGGAGCAGGGGGUGCACCGGCCCCUUCCCCAGCCCCAUCCACACUGCUGUCCCAGCUGCUCAUGCACCUGCUGCCCUUUCACCCUUGCUGCAGGGGAGAUUUCACCCUUUGCAGCCCCCAGCCAGGCCCUCUGGCCCUUGGCAUUGGCCACUGGUGUUGCUGGGAAGACCAUGUAGGAAAGAGGCGCUUCCCUGAAAGUGUGCAUACAGCUAGUGCUCUGGGAAGGCUUUAAUUCCUGGUGUCCUCUGUCACUGUGUAGACCCGGCCAUGGAUGCCCUGCAGAGGACCCGAGCUCCCAUGUGGGGCUUGGGCCCUAUUCUGACAGGUUCUCAUGCUCCCAGGCUGCAUCUUCACAGGCAGGAGAGGACAGUGCCCUGUGAGCCACAAGUGCUUUGCCAAGAGCAUCCUGAGGAGAUCCUGGCCAGAGGAGGUGUUUGGGACAGGGAGCCAACUGUGAGCCAGGCUGCCUUGAGGUGUUGCCUGUUGUCCAGCUGGGCUCAGGGGGCACAGGAGGCUGCUGCUCUCCCCAUGACCAAAGACCUCUCUAUGCAUUUCUCCCUCCUUCCCUGCCUUCCUGAGGCAAGGGUGAAGCCCCCCGUGGGGAGAUGCAGUUGGUUUGGUGAUGUGCAGUCAGUGCCAGCGUUGGAGCUGUUAGCGUGUGGCAUCACUCUGAAUGCAGGGAUCCUCUUUACUUCUGCUGAUUUGGGGCACCUGCAAGGUGCCAAUGUGGGUUUUUUUGCCCAGCCCUCAGCCGCAGGAGCCCACAAGUAAGGGGUGCCCAGUGGCAGGCGGCUUUGCUCGCCGCUUUUUUUGCUUUUUGUUUGGGUUUUUUUGAACUUUCUUUUGGAAUAUUUCCGCGUUUAGCACAUUUUACUUGAAAUUACCUCGUUUUUUUGUGACCUCAUGAGCUUUUAUUGAUUUGGGAGGGACAGGGGGUGGCAUGGCUGGGGUGCAUCAGCCACGUGCCCAGCAUUGGUGGUGGAGAGGUGGUGGGACAGUGGUGUCCCUGCCAGCCUCCUGUUGUGCAUUAUCCUUACCAAAACUGGUAUUUUUUGCCUGGCCCCAUGGGGCUGGGGGUGUUUGUUCUGAAGCUACCUCUUGUGUUUGUUUUUGUUGUGUUUCUCCUGCGCAGCCACGGGUUUGGUGGUUCCAUCCCGUGGCUCUUUUUUUGUCAUUUUGCUGCGUUUGGGUGAAAAGGGGGGAAAAGGGGCUGGGGAGUUGGGGGGAGAACAGUGUCUGGAUACAGUUUGGAGGGACACUGAUGGCCCCUCUGGGUUUGGGGUGCUCUUCCCACCUCUCCUGGUGCCAAGCAGGGAUACGGCUGUGGGAGCAGCAUCCUCCCUCGCGCCCCAGUCCGGCUUUGCACGUGUGUGUGCCUCUGCGCAUGGGAGCGUUGCUGCUCUGCGCAGGGUGGACACCGCUGCUGUACAAUCUGGGAUGUGACUGUGGAGAACGGCUUGUUUAAUUGUUGUGCCUAAGAAAAAAA